UUCUUUGGGUGAGGUCUGCAACACAUUGUUCCAGUGAGCGUGACUCAUUACCUGUGUCAGUAUUUAAAUAUCUUCCACAACUGCAUUUAAGUGGAAGGACAGGAGAGAGGCUCUUUAAGUCGCAUAGACGUUCACGCAACCAUACUGUUCAACUGAGAGGUCCUGUGGUUUUUAAGGUCCCUCGUUAUCUGCAAUCAUGAUCAAAUUGAUAAGUGUUGUCAUUGUUGCAGGAUUGUUCAUUGAAAGCAACCAGCAGAAACUCGCCAGCCUCCUUCCAGCGAAGCCAGGAUGGCCCUGCUACUAUCCCACCCACAUUCAAUGCUGGACAGACUGGUUUGACCGAGAUGACCCCACUGGAACCGGAGACUGGGAAGCCCUAAACAAUCUUCGCAAUGAGAACCCAGGAAAGAUCUGCCCUAAACCAGUAGAUAUUGAGGCCCAAACUCUAACUGGACUCAGUGUGGCUGCAACAGGGGAUGUGAUUUAUAAAAGUGACACAUAUGCAGGAUUCAUCUGCAGAAACGAGGACCAAACCAAGACGAAGAUGUGUAGCGAUUAUCGCGUUCGUUUCAGCUGCCAUCCCCCUUUCUGUGGUGGAGGAGUGUGCUGGACCAAGUGGUAUGACCGGGACGAUCCCAGUGGAACAGGAGACUGGGAGCUUUUGAGUAACCUGAGGACAGAAAACCCAGGACAAAUCUGUGCAACACCUCUGUACAUUCAGGCUGUUACCACUGACACAAUGACGCCAGCCAUCGCCACAGGGGAGAUCCUCCAUAUCCUCAAUCCAACUCAGGGAUUUGUUUGCCGCAAUAUGGACCAGAAAUCUGGCACGUGCCGUGACUACAAAGUUCGGUUUGGGUGCCCGUGCUAGGAUUAAGCCCUGACGCCACAACAAACACUGACACGGAUAAGAAGAGACAACAUUCACAGUUUUAUCAUUUGUUUUGGUCUGAUUUUUCUUUCCUGUUAUAUUGUACUUCUUAGGCAUUUUUCACAGCAGAUAUUUUGACUUGUAGGAAAAGCAAAGAUGUUGCUAGUAACAUUAACGAUGGUUCUGUUCUAUUCAAGUGUCCCAGCGAGCCUUCAUUUGUGAUACCAGGACCCUGAAGCCUAUGUGCAGCUCAAUGGAAUCCAGCCAUAGUUGAUUGUAUUAUUAACAUCUGUGCUUUUACCAUGCCAACAUGUCUUCUGUGGAAAAAAUACCUAUCAUGUGCUUUAUCAGUCUAUCUUUUCUCUUUUUUUCUAGUGAUUAUGAAAUCAUUAUCUUGUAUUGUAGGAAAUUAAUCAACAGUAAAUAGCAAUAAAACUGCUUAUAAACUGCAAA